CUCCUCUGCCUUCCUAGCUAUCGGCUCCUUUCAUAUUCGUUUUCGCUUUACAAAAUAGGAACCACCACUUGCUCUACCCCUUAAUUGUUUAAGAUGGCGCCGAGGGACAAGACGGCUGCCGUUAAACCUAACGGUAACUGCGGCGCCGGCGCUGCUGCUGCUGGAGUUAAGGAGGUGCAUUUUAGGGGAGUGAGGAAGAGGCCUUGGGGCAGAUACGCCGCUGAAAUCAGGGAUCCCGGCAAGAAAAGCCGAGUUUGGCUCGGGACAUUUGAUACGGCUGAGGAAGCCGCUCGAGCAUAUGACGCCGCCGCCCGAGAGUUCCGGGGCGCUAAAGCCAAGACUAACUUCCCGCUGGAGAAUGAAAAUGUGAACAGGAAUAUUAUUGUCAAUAAGAAGAAUGAUACUGGCUCUAAUAAUGACAGCCCCAGCCCCAGUAGCACCGUGGAGUCAUCGAGCCGGGAGGCGCCUGGUCGGAUUAUGGAAUCCACCUCGCCUUUGGAUCUUAAUCUCGGCCCAUCUGCUGCUGUGAGGUUUCCGUUUCAGCCUGUGCCGACGGUAGGCGGUGUUUUUACAGCACCGAUGGUGAAUCAUCAACACGUGCUUUAUUUCGAUGCGAUGAUGAAGAGUCAGUAUCAGAGACUGUUGUUUGAUCAUCAGCAACAGCAACAGCAACAGCAACAGCAACAUCUUCAUCAUCAGACGAUGUCAACUGCUGGAAAUGGCGUUGGUGGAGUGGUCCAGAGUGAUUCAGACUCAUCCUCCGUCGUUGAUUUGAACCAACGUGAGAUCAACCCACCACGGAGAUCUCUUGAUUUCGAUCUCAAUCUCCCUCCGAAACCAGAAAUCGUCUAAUGUUGUUUUGAUUUUUGGCAGGAGAUGAGCCCAUGCCCAUCCGUUUUCAAUAAUUCUUUUUCAUUUUAUCUUUGAAUUUUUUUUUUCCUAUUUUUCUCAGAUAGGAAUUAAAUUAGGCUAGAAAAAGAAAAUCCAAAAAAGCAAGAGUUUUUCAUUGUAUACGUAGUGGCUGAUCUCUUUUUUUGCAACAGAGUCUCGUCCUGUUGUUGAUAACUAGCUACUGUAUCAAUUUUCUUUCCGUAAA